GCCAACGCCGACGAACUCCGCACUUUGUCCCAACGCCGAUGCCGAUGCCUAAGCCUGACUUCUCACGCCCGCACGCCACUCUACGAGUACUCUACUGCACCGGCAAACAACAAUAUCUGUGCUGCUGGAGCCGACACGCUGGGACGCUUGAGCCGAUAGGUACUGAGGAUUUCGGCUACGCUGGGCGCAGUACUUACCCGCAAGAACUCCGUGAGCUAGGCCGCUCACCUUACUCCGCUCCACCACCACCACCACCACCACCGGCAGCACAUCAAAAUGACGCGCUUCUCACUCCCCUCCCAACUCCGCACCCCACAGCACCAGCAACAACAACAAGCGCCCAACUCCCGCUCCCCUUCCAACCCCAACAGCACCACCCCCAACCUCAACAACAACCACGAUCCCCGCGUCAACGACGGUCCCCGCGUCAACCCCGCCCGCCGCCGCAACGGCAAGCCCCCCUCGUGCGAGCCCUGUCGCCGCGGCAAACUGCGCUGCGACCACGUGCUCCCGACGUGUGCGCGCUGCGUGCGUCGCGGCACCGCUGCUAAGUGCGUUUAUCACCCUGCGCCGCUGACGAGGGUGAGGGGCGUGAGGGGCGUUGAGGCUGCUGGGACGAGGAGGGGUGCUGCUGCGCCUGCGACACCGUCGCCUUCGCCGCCGCAGUUGCUGUCGCAAUCCCAACCCCAACCCCAACCCCAGCCGCAGCCGCUUGCCGCGACGGGGUUUCUGGGCUCGACGAGCUAUGCGGCUGUGUUAGCUGAGCAUGAAGAGGAUGGGCAUCAAGAGGGAGAAGAAGGACGAGAAGACGAGGAAGACGAGGAAGACGGGCAGGCAAUCUCCACCCCUGCCUCCAAUAACAGCAACAACGACAGCUUCUUCCACAGCGGCGAAGCAGCAGCAACACGACCACCAGCACCACCAGCACCACCCGCCCCCAACGACCGCAUAGCGCAAGGCGCCGAAGUCCUCGCGCUGCUGCAAGACCUGCCCGUCUUCGAGCGCUUCAUCGACCGCUGGUACAGCGUCAGCGGCGGGGGCAUCAUAACGAGCGCGCCGCUGCUCAAGCAGUGGACGGAAGCGCUAUGGGCGGCGCACGGGGACGUGCUUCUGCAGCAGCAGCAGACGGGUUCGGAGGCGGGGGCGGCAUCCGCACGGCUAGGUGAGCUCUCGGCGCGCGUGUGGUGGAACUCGCGCGGGCGGCUCACGGGCAGGAGCGCGCGCUCGGUGCGGGAGUGGGCGGCCAGCACGUCGGGCUGGAAACUCCGGUGGGAGGUCGUCGGCGUGACGAUGGCCGUUGUCGGCCUCUCGUGCUCUGUCUUGCCGGACUGGGACCCGUUGCUCGGCGGCGUCGCGUAUCGCUAUGGUGGCAGACGGGGGCUGAUUAAGAAGCUGUCGUGGGCGGCGGACUCGUGCUUGGCGUUUUGCGAGUCCUUGUGCUUGCUGAACGAUGUUGGCGUGUGGUUGAUGUUUGAGGCGCACGCGCUGUUUGUGUACCUGCACGGCGAGGCCAGCUACACGAGCUACCAACGCAGCGGGCACGUCUUCAACGCGCUGAUAGCGCUGGGCUGGCACCAACCCAACCAGCACAACAACCAAGGCGAAAAACAAAAACAAACCUACCAGCAACCCGCCUUCUUCCUCGCCGAGCAGCGCACCCGCCUCUUCGCCGCCGCCUACGCCCACGACAAAUGGCAGGCUGCGUAUCUCGGGCGCCCGCCCCGCCUCAGCCACCGCUACUGCGCCGUCGGCCUGCCGCUCGACGUCUCGGACCACGCGCUGCUGGCUGAUGAGCCGGGCGUGCUGGCGAGGGAGCUUGAGGCGCUGGAUGAGGGCGGUUGGGGCAGGGAGAGGGGGAGCGGUGCUGAGGGUGGAGGAGGGGGGAGGAGGGCUUGGGCUAGGGCUUGGGUCGCGUAUUGUCGUGUACGGGAGGACAUUCUAGAGUUCUCGAUCGGGACCUUUGAUUCUGAGGGGGACGUUGUUGGGCGAGCGAGGUAGGUUUGUCGUGUUCCCCAUUCACACCCCCCUUUCUCCCCAUCCUCCCUCCCAUCAACUCACACACACACUAACCCAACCCCCCACCCAGGCAAAUCGAAGCCCAAGCCACAGCAACCUGGGACGCGCUCCCGGCACACCUACGCGCCGACGACGACCCCGCCGCUGC